AUGCGCCACGGCUGUGGAUCAAUGCAUAUGGAUAUCAUUCUUGUUCUCAUUGCAGCCUUGAUUGUUGCCCAGAUUGUGCUUGUUCAGUGGAAGCAAAGACACUGUUUAUCACAUAAAUUAGUCAUACUGCUGCAGAUGUGGGUUGUUCCUCUUUUCUCUGCCAUCAGACUUUACUGAUAGAGAUCCCUGUCCAUGUGGGGAAUGCUCUCAAUUACUAUCAGUUACAUCACUUUCAAGGGUCUUGAGCAGUACUUAUCUUCUCUUAUACAUAUGUUGGUCUACAAAUGGUUCCUCGUGAUCUAUAAACUGAGUUGUGCAGUUGGAAUUGUGGGUUACCUAGUCACAACGUUUACCAUGUUUGGAUUUAGUUUAUUCUUUAGAAUUGAAUCUGAUGUCUCCAUGGAUUUUAGUGUGAUGCUCUUUGUGUACAGACUGUUUUAUGGAGUGAUGGGAAGAGACUUUGCAGAGAUUUGAUCUGACUACAUGGCUUCCACCAUUAAUUUUGACAACAUCAGUGGUAUAUCAACAAGAAAUUUGCCCAAUGACAUCUGUACAGUCUGCGGGCAGGAAAUUUUUGUGGAAAUAAGUGAAGAAGGAAUCAUUAAAAAUACCUGCCAACUGUCCUGUAAUCAUAUGUUUCAUGAAUUCUGCAUCUGUGGUUGGUGCAUUGCUGGCAAGAGCCAGAAUUGCCCGUACUGCCCUGAGAAAGUUGAUUUGAAGAGGAUUUUCCUUAACAGAUUAGGUGGGAACACAUAUGUAUUGUAUGGACAACUUUUGGACUGGCUCUGCUAUCUGGUGGUUUGGCAACCAGUUGCUACAGGUAUCAUCAAAGGCAUUAAUUACUCACUGGGUCUAGAAUAG